CUCGGCGGAGAGACAAAAACUAUUCCGGGUAUAUAAGUUGUUAGCACAAACGGUCACUCGUACAGUUCACUUCAGACUGAAAGCCUAAUUGGAAGUUUAGAAUAAACUCUCUAUAGUCCAAUUGUAUAGAUUUUUAAUUUAACAAAAUGUUCUCAAAAUUGACCCUUGUAGCCCUUAUUUCAAUUGCUGUUGCGGCUCCUCAGCAUCAGCAAGCAGCUCAAUUCCCAGCUGGAGUGGAUCCUUCAAAGUGCCCUGGUUUUCCAAUCUGUGAUAAUGCACUUCUGCAUGGCCAACAGCCCAACAGCUGGGGUGCUCCUGCUCCAUCCUGGAAUCCACAACCACAACCACAAUGGAACCAACCUCAACCACAGUGGAAUCAACCUCAACCACAGUGGAACCCACAACCCCAGCCACAAUGGAACCAGCCACAGCCAUCAUGGAACCCAGCUCCAUAUCAGGCUCCAUCAAACCAUCUGCCCGGAGCUGGCGGAGACAAGUACCCAGCUGGAGUGAAUCCCCAGAGCUGUCCCAACUACCCAUUCUGUGAUGGUACUGCCGGUCAUGGUGCUGCCGCUCCUCCACUACCAGGCUGGACCGAAAGACAAUACCCCGCCGGAGUGUCUCCACACAGCUGCCCCAACUUCCCAUACUGCAAUUAAGGAUUCUAUUAAAUCAUCUUCAGUUUUUCGUCCCUUGUCCUAAACAAAGAAAAAAUACUAUUUUUUUAUCUUAAAAACAAAACCUCAGCCGUUGCACUGCCUAUAGCUUCGAAAUAUUUCUAUUUUCAUUACUUUCCAUGUCCAUUUAUUUGGAAACCUUUUUUAAGUUUUCAUUUUCAAAAUUAAUUUUCCUUUCUUUUCUUUUUCCUAUACAAAAUGUUGACGAUUUCAUUAUUUGUUUUAUUUUUGUUUUUUUAAGUUUUCCCAAAACGAAAUAAUAAAUGAUAAAAAUUAUAUUAAAAAAUUAUAA